AUGGAUGAAGUAUUUGAGCCUGACACAAUCGACGUUCAAGUUGAUGAUUUUGUAAAAACCAAAUCAGUUUCAAGAUGCAAAGAUGAAUUCCUUAAUGUUCUUUGUGAAGACAGUGAUGACGAACCAGUGGAAGGUGAAGGAGAAAAUGCUCGAGUAGAACUAGAUGAUGAGGAAAACACUGACGAAUCUAGUGAUGAAGAUGAAAUCAUAUACUCCAUCCAUAAUCCGAAGGUCAAAUGGAAUGUGAUGAAACCGGUUAUUGGAGAAAGGUAUGAAUCUAGACACGAACUGAAAUUAUGUUUAACAAAUUAUUCCAUCUAUAAGGGCUAUAAGAUUCGUUUCAAGAAGUGUGAUAGUGUUAGACUAGUGGCUGUGUGUGCUAGUGAUCCAGAAAAAUGCCCUUUUAUGGUUCGUGCUUCAUGGAUGAGUACUGGAAAAUCAUUUCAGGUGAAAAAGAUGAAUGAUAGGCAUACAUGUGUUAGGAAUUUUAGUAGUUCAAGGCUUAUGAAUCCAACUUGGUUAGCAAAGCAGUUUGUGAAAGAACUAGUAAGGAAGCCAAAGUUAAAAUGCAAGGAAAUGCAAUCAAUAAUUCAAAGUAAAUUUCAUUGCAAGGUGUCAUGGUCAAAAUGUUAUAGAUCAAGGUGUAGGGCACUGUCCUUAAUUGAUGGCAAUUUGAGUGACCAUUAUGCAAGAGUGUGGGAUUAUGGACAUGAACUGAUGAGGUCCAAUCCAGGUAGCAUAGUUAGGAUUUCUGUUAAUAUUAACCCUGAUCAUACUACAACUUUUCAUAGAAUAUAUGUGUGCUUUAAAGCAAUCAAAGAUGGGUGGAAGAUAGGAUGUCGUAGGGUUAUAGGGUUGGAUGGUUGUUUUUUGAAGGGACAAUGCAAAGGCGAGUUACUAACUGCAAUAGGUAGAGAUGCAAAUAAUCAAAUUUACCUUAUAGCAUGGGCUGUUGUGGAGGUUGAAAACAAGGUUAAUUGGACAUGGUUCUUGGAACUAGUUAGUGAAGAUCUUUCAUUGGAUGCUGGCAGGGGAUUAUGUGUCAUUAGUGAUCAACACAAGGGUCUUGUUGAAGCAACAAAGGAUAUUCUACCCCAUGUAGAGCACAAACAAUGUGCUAGGCAUAUUUAUGCCAAUUUUAGGAAAGUGUAUAGUGGGAUACAAUUCAAAAAAAUGUUUUGGGCAGCUACAAAAUCUACAACAGAAGGUGAUUUCAAGAUAAACAUGGAUAGGAUCAAGACUUUAAGUGAAGGUGCAUAUGAUCAUCUUAUGGCUAGAGAACCUCAUACAUGGUGCAGGGCAUUUUUUGGUAGUGGUUUGGCAUGUGAGUCUGUAGAGAAUGGGAUAGCUGAGUGUUUUAAUGCAGUCAUUGUAGAUGCUAGAAAAAAUCCUCGUUUGGCUAUGCUUGAAGAAAUAAGACUCUACAUGAUGGAAAGGUUCUACAACUUAAGAGAGGAAGCAUAG